AUGUCCUCGCUCUUCGUAGGAGACCUGCACCCCGAAGUGACCGAGGCGAUGCUGUAUGAGAAAUUCAGCGCCAUCGGGCCUGUGCUGUACAUUCGCGUCUGCAGGGACCUGGUCACCCACCGCUCCCUGGGCUGCGCGUAUGUGAAGUACUUGCUGGUGGGGGAUACUGAGCGAGCCAUGGACGCGCUGAAUUUGGUUGUUAUCAAUGGCAAGGCGAUGCGUAUUAUGCGGACCCGGCAGGACCCAUCACUUCGUAACAGUGGUGUGGGGAAUAUAUUCAUCAAAAAUCUGGCCAAAUCUAUUGACAGUAAGUCCCUUUAUGAUACAUUUUCUGUGUUUGGAAAAAUUCUUUCUUGUAAAGUACUAACGGAUGAAAAUGGACCGAGGGCUUUUGGAUUUGUGCAUUUUGAGAAAUCGGAAGCUGCCAGAAGAGCCAUUGCUAAGAUGGACGGGACUUGGCUGAAAGGUACCCGAGUGUUUAUUGGGCAGUUGAAACCUCGAAAUGAAAAGGAAGCAGAACUCAGAGCUCAAGCGAACAGGUUUACUGAUCUUUACAUCAAGAAUUUGGGUGACGCUGUAGAUGACGAAUGUCUUAAAGAGGUUUUUGGUAAGUUUGGCACUGUAUUAACUGUGAGAGUUGUGACUGAUGACACAGGCACAUCCAAAGGCUUUGGGUUUGUGACCUUUGAGGAUUCGGAGGCGGCUCGGAGAGCCGUCAAAGACAUGCACGGGCAAUUCCUGAAUGGAAAUCGACUUUGCGUCGGUGUGGCCGGGAACAGAGCGGAGACACAGUCGGAAGGCAAAUGCCAUCCCGAGCCAAUAAAACAGGGCGAACUCGCCUGGUGCAAGGGUGCUAAUCUUUACGUGAAAAAUCUGGAAGACGGUUUUGAUGAGGGACGACUGAGACGAGAAUUCUCUCGCUUUGGGACAGUGUCUAGCGCCAGGGUCAUGAUGGACGCCGGCCGCAGCAGAGGCUUUGGCUUCGUUUGCUACACGUCUCCGGAAGAAGCUGCUAAAGCCAUCAAGGAAAUGAACGGCAAGAUUGUAGUGACCAAACCGCUGUAUGUGGCUAUCGCACAAAGCAAGAAGGAGCGCCAGGCCCUCCUCGCCAAGGACUAUAUGGACAGAAUGGCUGUGAGAGGCGGAGGUGACACCGGACUCAACGCCCACAAGGCAGCAACAUCAGCUGACUUCCCGCCGAUUGUUCCUCGGCCUCAAUGUGGAGGUGCACAUCCUCGCAAGCGGGCGGUCAGGGCCAAACCUCAUCCAUCUCAGAAUACACAUUAUGCUAAGCACGCAUCGGCAACAGACCCUCGGCCACCAUCCAGCGCCUUCAGGUCACCCAAGGCUCCCAAAGCCAAGUCAGCCUCUCAGACGACCAGUGCAUCCGCUAAGACCGUGGCCCUUCACCCCCGACCUUCUGCCGCAGGACCUCACGCAAAUCAAAAGUUCGAAAACGUUUCAGGUGUUACCUGUGUUGGCGUCCCUCUGCAAUUUCCGGCAGGAAGGCCCGAAUCCAUCCCGAAGCCUGCCCCUGUUCAUACGCAAGGUCAUUUGUCAAAUAUAUAUGUGUUGGCAUCAGCUAUUACUCAGAAGAAGCUCUUGGGUGAAAAGCUAUUUCCUCUGGUUCAAUGCGUUCACCCAGCUCUAACUGGAGAAAUCUCUGGCAUACUGUUGGAGAUGGAUGAUGCUGAAAUUCUUCAUAUGCUCAAAUACCCCGAGUCUCUCCGUGCCGAGAUUGAUGAAGCCAUCCUUAAUCUGCAAUCCCACCAAGCUUGA